CCGCCAUUUUGUGGCUUUUUUUUUCCCUUCAGAGGAGCGCCGCCGGAGGAAGGGAGGGAAGGAGCCCUCAAUGAAGGAGGAAAGGGAGGGAGGAGCGCGGCGCUGCCUGGGGCCCGGCAUGUGAGCUCCGGACGCUGGCCUCUUCCUCCUCGGCUUCCCUUUCCUGCCUUGAGCCGGCGCUUUCCCUCCGUUCGCCAUGGCGCUGAAGAUGGUCAAAGGCAGCAUCGACCGCAUGUUCGACAAGAACCUCCAGGACCUGGUGCGGGGCAUCCGGAACCACAAGGAGGACGAGGCAAAAUACAUCUCCCAGUGCAUUGAUGAGAUCAAGCAAGAGUUGAAGCAGGAUAACAUUGCGGUGAAAGCAAAUGCUGUCUGUAAGCUCACCUACUUGCAGAUGCUGGGCUAUGAUAUCAGCUGGGCAGCUUUCAACAUCAUCGAAGUCAUGAGCGCUUCCAAAUUCACCUUCAAAAGGAUUGGGUACCUGGCUGCCUCUCAGUGCUUUCACGAGGGGACUGACGUUAUCAUGCUAACAACUAAUCAGAUCCGAAAGGACUUGAGCAGCCCCAACCAGUAUGAUACUGGAGUUGCACUGACUGGUUUGUCCUGUUUUGUGACUCCUGACCUUGCUAGAGAUUUGGCAAAUGACAUCAUGACCCUGAUGUCUCACACGAAGCCUUACAUCAGGAAGAAAGCAGUGCUAAUCAUGUACAAAGUGUUCUUGAAAUACCCUGAAUCCCUUCGACCUGCAUUUCCCCGCCUUAAAGAGAAGCUGGAAGAUCCAGACCCUGGCGUUCAGUCAGCUGCCGUGAACGUUAUCUGUGAGCUGGCCCGGCGCAACCCAAAAAACUAUCUUUCCCUCGCUCCGCUCUUUUUUAAGCUGAUGACAUCGUCCACCAACAACUGGGUCCUCAUUAAAAUUAUAAAAUUGUUUGGUGCUCUCACUCCCUUGGAACCCAGAUUGGGCAAGAAGUUAAUUGAACCCCUGACCAAUCUUAUACACAGCACUUCUGCCAUGUCGCUUCUCUAUGAGUGUGUGAACACAGUGAUCGCAGUUUUGAUUUCUCUCUCCUCGGGGAUGCCCAACCACAGUGCCAGCAUCCAGCUUUGUGUUCAGAAGCUGAGGAUAUUGAUAGAAGAUUCAGACCAGAACUUGAAAUAUUUAGGGUUGCUGGCGAUGUCUAAAAUCCUGAAAACCCACCCUAAAUCAGUCCAGUCUCAUAAGGACCUCAUCCUCCAGUGCUUAGAUGACAAAGAUGAGUCCAUCCGUCUCCGAGCCUUGGACCUCCUCUAUGGAAUGGUCUCCAAGAAGAACUUGAUGGAGAUUGUAAAGAAGCUGAUGAUCCAUGUGGACAAAGCCGAAGGGACAACCUACAGGGACGAGCUGUUGACCAAAAUCAUCGAUAUCUGUAGCCAGUCUAACUACCAGUAUAUCACAAACUUUGAAUGGUACAUCAGCAUCCUGGUGGAGCUAACACGGCUGGAGGGCACCCGGCAUGGUCACCUCAUUGCCUCCCAGAUGCUGGACGUAGCCAUCCGGGUGAAAGCCAUCCGCAAGUUUGCUGUCUCACAGAUGGCCAUGCUUCUGGACAAUGCUCACCUUCUGGCUAGCAACACACAGCGGAAUGGGAUCUGUGAGGUGCUCUAUGCUGCCGCCUGGAUAUGCGGGGAGUUCUCAGAACACCUUGAAGAACCCCACCAGACCCUUGAGGCUAUGCUGCGGCCAAAAGUGACCACCCUUCCUGGCCACAUCCAAGCUGUUUACGUCCAAAACAUGGUGAAGCUGUAUGCCUGCAUCUUGCAGCAGAAGGAAGAGGCUGGGGAGAAGGAGGUGGCCCAGGAGGCCACCCAGAUGAUGAUUGAGCGUCUGCCUCAGUUUGUACAAAGCGCAGACCUUGAAGUCCAGGAGAGGGCUUCCUGCAUCCUUCAGCUCAUGAAGUAUAUCCACAAGCUUCAGAUCAAAGAGGUGCCAGUGGCUGAGGAAGUGAUGGCCUUGUUUGCUGGGGAGCUGAACCCUGUGGCCCCCAAAGCACAGAAGAAAGUUCCUAUUCCAGAAGGCUUGGAUCUUGAUGCCUGGAUCAAUGAGCCCCCCUCAGAGAGCGAGUCUGAGGACGAGAAACCCAGGACAAUCUUCCAUGACGAGGAGCAGAGGCACACAAGGCACCGACAGCCUGAAAUGGAUGAAGAGGAGCUGGCCCGGCGCCGAGAGGUCCGGAAACAGGAACAAGCAAACAAUCCUUUCUACAUUAAAAGUUCUCCUUCCCCACAGAAGCGGUACCAAGACAGUCCUGGCGUUGAGCAUAUCCCUGUGGUUCAGAUUGACCUCUCAGUUCCCUUAAAGGUUCCUGGCCUCCCCGUGUCUGACCAGUAUGUCAAGCUGGAGGAGGAACGGCGGCACCAGCAGAAGAUAGAGAAGGACAAGAAGAAGAAGAAGCAGAAGAAGGAGAAGCGGGGCAAGAGCCGGCGGCAUCCCUCCCUGCACACGGAGAGCGAUGAGGACAUCGCACCCGCUCAACACGUGGACAUCAUCACCGAGGAGAUGCCAGAGAAUGCUCUGCCCAGUGAUGAUGAUGAGAAAGACCCCAACGACCCUUACAAGGCUCUGGAUAUAGACCUGGACAAUCUGGUUUCAGGGAAGCCUGCCAGGCCUUUAGCAGACAGUGAGAAACUGCCCGUGCAGAGGCAUAGAAACGCUGAGGAUCUCAAGUCACCACAAGAAACAGAAGCACCACCUGUCGAGAAGAAGAGCAAAAAGCCGAAAAAGAAGGAAAAGAAACACAAAGAAAAAGAGAGGGAGAAAGAGAAGAGGAAAGAACGAGAAAGAAAAAUCGAGGAGGAAGACAAAAAGGUUGAUGACAUGGACUUUUGGCUUUCCGAUGCUCCACCACCUCCUGCUGUGGCUACAGAGGCAAAGAGUCCGCUGGAAAUGAGCACUGACACGGUUGAGCCAGAGGAAGCCAAGAAGGAGGACCGAGAGGAGGACUUGGACUUGGAAGAAGAAGAUGAAGGAAAGAAGUCCUCCAAGCACAAGAAGAAGAAGAAGCAUAAGAAGGAAGAGAAGUCCAAGGAGAAGAAGUCAAAGAAGCAUCAUGGCAGUGGGGAGGAGGCCCUGACGGAAUCCGUGCAGAACGGGACGCUGGACGAUGAGCCAUUGCCGCCUAUGUCAAGUUACUGCCUUCUUGCUGAAAACGCAUACAUCAAAAUGACGUAUGACAUUCAGGGUAACCUCCAGAACCACGGCCAGGUGACCGUCUCAGUGAUCUUUGAGAACAAGUGCAGCAGUUUCCUCAAGAGCAUGGAGCUGAACGUCUUGGACUCGCUCAACACUAAAAUGCUCCGGCCAGAAGGCACCUCCCUUCAUGAUGGAAUCCCUGUCCCUUUCCAGCUGCCUCCUGGAGUCUCAAAUGAAGCCCAGUUUGUCUUCACAUUGCAGAGUAUUGUCAUGGCACAGAAGCUGAAAGGAACCCUGUCCUUCAUAGUCAAAGAUGAAGAGGGUUCCACGCAUGACAAGCUCGAUUUUAAAUUGCACUUCAGCUGCGCCUCUUACCUUAUCACCACGCCCUGUUACAGCGAUGCUUUUGCCAAGCUCUUGGAAUCAGGGGACUUGCACGCCAGCUCCUUUAAAGUGGACGGCAUCACCAUUCCUUUCCACCACAUCCUGGCAAAAAUUUGUUUCCACCAUCAUUUUUCAGUUGUUGAACGACUGGGGGACUGUGCGUCCAUGUACAGCCGUUCUAUCCAGGGCCAUCAUGUCUGCCUGCUAGUGAAAAAGGGAGAGAAUUCAGUGUCCAUCGAUGGGAAAUGCGACGAUUCGACUUUGUUGGGCAACCUCCUCUCUGAACUCAAGGAGACCUUAUCGAAGUGCUGAGUCCUCUUGGGGGGGAAACCCCCACUGUGGUCCCACCUUCUCCCUCAGCCUCUGCAAGAGGAGCACCGUAAGGCUCAAAAGACUGACCCCAGCUGAGCAUUUAGAUUUCACUCCCUCCCUUUCUCCUUCCAUCCGCAUGUACACUCUCCAGGGCACGUGUUUGGUUUGUGUUUUUUCCUUUCCAGCCCACCUUGGGUUGUGGUGUGAGGGAUUAUUUCCCACCCACCCAUUUUUGUUCAUUACGGUUUACCUUUUAAAAAAACGGUAGCCUCCUUCCCCUGGGUGGUGAAUGAUUUUGCGGGAACUGUUUUCUGGAAGGAUCUCUGCCAGAAUUCCCACUGGUGGGAGGACGAUCCUGAAGAAAUCUCCAAAUUCCUGUGGGAUUAUGGUUUGCUGGCAGGGGGGACGCGGGCAGCAGCUCUGGCCACCUUCCCUGCGGUGGCCAACUUGAUUUAACCUGCAAGUUUGCUCUGUUGAAGUGGCAAUGGCCCAGGAUCCUUCUCCGCCUUCACCAGUCCAGGCUGUUUUCUCCUUCCUUCCACCCCAAAGCUCUUACUUUUCCAGUCUAUCUCCUCAAACAAAACCCAUCGGCACCUCUGCCCCCCUCCGGUGGACCUCGGCUGGGAGGCUUUUUGUGAAGUCCAUUGAAAUACGUCACAUUCCUGAAGUUAUAGAAUGUAGCAGAAACAACGACGACGACAACAAAAAGAACUGGAAAUCCAAAGGCUUUAUGUGUGAGUGUGUGUUUUUGGUUUGACUCCACCUCAUCAUAGAUAGGUUUUUUUUUUUUUACCCUUUACUUGAAUCACUGUGUUAGGUCGGCCAAUCUUAGGGGGUCGAGAGACCCUCGUCCCACCUUCCUUUAGUGUCUGUGAUUCUUUAUUUUGUUCUCUUCCAAAGAGCUAACCUGUUCUGCCACCCCAUCCUCUUUCCGUGCCUCAGGCCUUGAGCUCCGGAGAGGCCAAGAUGUUGCAAACUGACACCUGGGCAUCAGAUCAGAUCAUUUGGGGUGGACGCAAAUCUGGAGACUGUUUUGUGCUUUGGAAAAUCUGCUCUGUCUUUUGCUAGACAUUAGACUCCUUCCCUCCCCUGCACCCUAGUAAUUUCUUCGUCCACAGAUUUCAUCUCCCACCGAGAUUGGAAGCAAUCCCUGAUUAUUUAUUUGGACAUUCCUCACCAUCAGCACUUAGCUGUUUUGAUUUUUCUUAUAAAAUGGCUUUCCAUCGUUGGACACCACUACGAACACCAGAUCUCCUCUGAGUCUAAAAUCUCAAGUUCAAGGAGGAAAUGGAGAAAGUUUUAGAUCCUGGCUUGCUCUGAUGUCGUCUUUGUUUUAAGACACUCAGUGCCUCUUACUGUUCUUCUCUGUGUUUUAGGAGUGUGCUUUUUUCUUUCUUCUUUUCUUUCAAACACCUGCAGUCAUGUGUCUUUUGAGCUGUGUUCGCUCUGGCGGAACUUGAUUUAUCAAGACAAAUCGAGGACUCGUUCCUCGUACUGAAGCAGAUCUCGUAGUUCGAUGAAGCAAGAAGCAAUGGGAAUCUGGGUCGGGUGGGUUAUCGGUCGACCUUGCGUGCAUUACUCCGGGAUUGUUUUUUCUGGAAGAGAAUCUGCACCUAUUCGGACUCAUCUGACAGGGCAAACGUUCCUUGGAAUUAGUGGAUUUGAAGUAAAUAAAUAUAUAUAUCUAAAUAAAUAUAUAUAUAUAUUCCUGGAUGAAAACUUGUCACUUUAGCAUGUAGACCUGUCUCCUUACAGAACCCCUGUGCGGUGAUUCUAGAAUCUUCCGAAACAAUAUGUACGAUAUGUUCUGUUUAAAAAGAAAUAAAACUUAUUUGCUAUCAACAUUCCCCUGAAAAGAGGAGGGAAAAACACCCACAUACCAUGAAGCUGCUGUAAUGAUUUUUUUUGUGUGUGUCAAGAUGAUCCAAUAAAAUUUCAAAACUA